AAAAGCAAACAGUACCCACAAAAGCUUUUAGCUAGCAAGGUCUUGUUUGGGUGCACAUACAGGGAAGUUUAGAAAAGUGAGGAAGAAAGCAAAAGAGAAAGGAAAGCAAGGGAAGCAGCAGAGAGAAGAGGAAAGGAGAAUUCUUUUUUAGUUUCUUUUGUGAUCUUUUCGUUCAAAGCGCGCAUGAAGUAGCUAGUGAUCAGAAGGAAGCUAGUGUUUUUCAUUAGUUGUCUCAAGGGCAACAAAUGAUGGCCGGAAACCCUAACUGGUGGAGCAUGCAUCCACCAUCAUCUAUCUUCCCUUCUCAACUUGGAUCUUCUAGUUCACUCCCUCAGCUUAUCAAUUCCUUCCCUACUGAUCAGCAUAACCUAGAGCCUCCACAAUCUUGGAGCCAAUUACUUCUGGGUGGAUUGUCUGGACAAGAUCAAGACAACUUUGGAAGUCUGAAUCAUUUUCCACAGUCUUAUCCAAGGGUUAAUCCUGCUGUUGAUAGUAAUAUUAUAAAGCAAGAGAUUAAUUCCCAGAACAACUUGUAUGGUGGUGACGGAGGACAUGAAGAAUUUCAGGCACCUUAUAUUAAUAGGCCAUCUUGGUCAGCAGUACAAAUCAACAUGCCGGUUUCAUCCCCUAGGUCUUGUGUCACUAGUUUAAGUAGUAAUAAUAUGUUGGAUUUUUCCUAUAACCAGAAGAACCAGCAUGCAGAUCACUCAUCUGAGUGUGAUAGUCCUCCCGCCGGCGGAAUGUGCAAGAAAGCUAGGGUUCAACCAUCUUCAAGCCAACCACCACUAAAGGUUCAAGGAGAAAGGAAUUGUGUGUUCCCUGAAGACCCUGGUCAGCUCUUGAAUGACAAUUGCAGCCUGAAAAGAAAAGGGUCUCCUAACCAGGAUUCUCAUCAAGACCAUAAGGCAAAGGAUCUAAGGAGUAAAGGGUUGUGCUUGGUUCCCGUUUCUUGCACUCAGAAUGUUGGGGGUGACAUUAACAUCGGAGCUGAUUAUUGGGCUCCGGCUUAUGGGAGCGGGUUUUAGUCUGAGACUGUAGGACUGGGGAUGCAGCAUACAUAUUUGUAUGGUACGCUCCUUUUGUAGAAUGAGAUAACAUAAUGAGCAGUCACUCUGUUAGAAUUCAAUAAUUAAGAUUGAUUGCUCAUCAUGCUAUUUGCAUUCUAAAUAAGAAGCGUACUGUUGCUAGCUAGUAAUUUAUUGUAGUACUAAACUAAUUAACUUAAAUAAUUAGUUAAGAUCUCUGUCAAGAUCUUGCAAGCUUAAUUAUUCUAAGUAAUAUAAACUUUAUAUCAUAAACUAAAUUUGGA